GGUCUGCUAAACAAACAUACAAUUGAGCAAACACACGGACGGACACAUCGUAUAACUACUAUUACUCUUCAAGGAUCUAUAACAACCAAAUCUUAGAUUGCAAGAAGUGAAGACUGACCAAUUCAGUGUGGAAUUAAAUGAGUGAAUUUGAAACUUAAGGAUGAUAAGGAAUACUAUGUGAGGUGAUCUGCUGGAACAAUAACUUUUGACAAUGAGAACUUUGAAUAGAUAAUUGAGCUUAUUGUCAAACCUAGAAACUGAUAUUUGGAUCUGUUGUCAGAGCAAGGAGAGUGGAGGAGUACUUUUUAAAGCAGUUUUCUCUUCCUACUUUUGCCGAGGAAUUGAGCCAUUUUCUGCAUCAGAUGUGGAGGGUAACCAGAUUAAACUGGCACCCAACAGGACCCCGGACCGUGCGUUGUCAAAAUGUCUGCCGAUAGCGGUGUCGACGAAACCGAAAUGCAACCCCUUCACCCGGGCGGCAGUAGCGACACCCAAGCGGACUAUGACGCCCCUACCGACACGACGACGACAACCGCCAAGAAGCCGGCCAAGUCCGCGCUGUCCAGCCGGCCCCAGCGGGCCAAGGUGGGCUUCUUGGGAGUGGCGGACGAGGACGAAGACGAGUUUGACGAUGACGAACAUUCGGAGAUGCGUAAGAAAGUCAAACAGGAGUUUAAUAAGAUGAACGGGCGGUCGUCGAGUACCCAUGCCCGGCUGGCCCAGCAGCGUAUGAGCUUGCUGGGUAAGCCGCUCAAUUACAGGGUUUCCAAGAGAGAUGCAAGAUUUAGGAAAGUUCAAACUCGGAUUUAUAACUUUCUGGAGAGGCCCGCAGGAUGGAUGGCAGUCUUGUAUCAUGUUUUAGUAUUUCUGUUACUCUUUACGUGCCUUGGUGUAAGCAUAGUUGCCACUGUUGAUAAUCCUACUCUAGCAAUGCUCUGCAACCACAUAGUUUUUAUACUGGAAAUAAUUGCUGUCCUGAUCCUGAGCACAGAAUGUACUCUUCGUAUCUGGUCUGCGGGGUGCCGCAGCCGCUACCAAGGUCACUAUGGCAGGCUCAGGUUUAUCAGAAGACCCCUUUGUAUACUCGAUAUUGUUGUAGUCAUAGCAUCAGUGUUAAUCAUUGUCAUAGGCAGCAGCAAUGGAACCUUCCUCGAUCCAGCAUUCCGUGGUCUUCGCUUUAUUCAAAUCCUGCGCAUGGUUCGGGUGGAUCGGCGCGGCAACACGUGGAAACUUCUAGGCUCCGUUGUCUGGGCGCAUAGACAGGAGUUGCUGACGACGUGGUAUAUUGGUUUCCUGGCCCUAAUUUCAGUGUCUUUCUUAGUGUAUACAUUGGAGCAUGGUAGUCCCGAUGAUGAUUAUAAGACAUUACCUGAUGCCAUGUGGUAUGGUCUGGUAACCCUGACGACAGUGGGAUAUGGGGAUAAAACACCAAACUCCUGGUCGGGGAAACUAGCAGCAGCGAUCUUUGCCAUCAUUGGGAUUUCCUUCUUUGCUCUACCUGCGGGUAUCCUUGGUUCUGGUUUUGCUCUGCAAGUCCAGCAGCAACAACGCCAGAAGCACUUUGCUCGGAGACGACAUCCAGCAGCACAACUCAUCCAGUGUCUGUGGAGAUGUUAUGCUGCAGAUCCCAACUCUAGUUCUACAGCCACUUGGAAACCGCACAUCAAACCUGUACAUAGCCCCACCACUGGCAGCUUCAGGUCCAACAACUUCAUCUCUCGGCUCUCCAUGAAACGCAACAACAACACCGCCAACAGCCCCAUGAUGCACCGCACCAGCGAACGUCUCAAGAAGUCCGACCGGGACUGUGAGGACGGAGAUCACGAGGAGAAGAAGACGAUGCUGAGCGUGAGGCUGAGUAACGGCAGUCACGGAGGUCUCUUUGGUGAGCAGGACUCCAUGAGGUCCUUUCGCAGUUUCCGCCACUCUCAUCAUCACCAUCAUGGCAAAGAUGAUGAGGAACCACCGGUCCGUGUAACAAAGCUCACCGAGGCGCACAAGAACGCCAUCAGAGCCGUACGCAAGAUCAAAUAUUUUGUGGCAAGACGGAAAUUCAAGGAGGCAUUCCGGCCGUAUGAUGUCAAAGAUGUCAUUGAGCAAUAUUCCUCUGGUCAUGCAGACAUGCUGGCCAGGAUUAAGAACUUACAAGCGAGGUUAGACCAAAUCUUAGGCAAGUCCGGCAUGGAGAGGAGAAAAGGUCGUGGAGCAGGCGACCUGGAAUUAUUUGACCCUAAUAUCAGUUUACUGUCGCGUGUUGUGAAGGUAGAGAGAAGAGUGACUCUCAUUGAUAGGAAGUUAGAUAUGCUGAUUGAGAUGUAUCGUGAGGAGAGGCAUGCCAAGACGGCUGCUGAGGGGGGUAAGGAGGAGGAAGGAGAACAUUCCCAAGAGUCCGACCCUGCUCCAAGAGGGUUCAUGAGACGGAGAGGCUGGGGGUCGUACCACCAGAGACAGAGGGAACCACUGCCGCAGCGGGUGGAGUCCUCCGACACGUCCUCUGCGACAUCCCCCGCCGACCCUACAGCCACUACUGCAACCAUUCAGAAACUCCCCAUCUCGUCCUCGCAACCCAGCCUGCUGGAGGAGAAGCUCGUGACGGGAUUGAAGACGUCGCACUCCCAGAGCGACGUCAACCAGAGCGGCGGCGACGACUCCUCGAUCCAUUCCCACGACCGCAUGAGCGACUCGACGCUGCGGGCCGAAGGGAGCCCUAACUCCAGCGAGAGAGACAUGGAGAGCGAUGUGUGCAAUCCAGCUACCAGUGAUCAAGACAUUCCAGCAGCCAACAACCCUCCGCGCUCACCGGACACGGUGUCCUACGCUAGUAGCAGGCUGUCCAGUACAGGCAGCUCUUCAGCUUUAGACAGUGAAACAAGAAUCUAAAGUGUGUGUAUGCAAUGCAUAGAUCCUAAGGAGUGUUCUAUAAAAAAAAAUUGAUGGCACGUAUUGUGCGCAGUACUUAUAUUGUCUUUAUCUUACUGUACCCAGUCAAUACCAUUUUCAUGAUUAUAGAGCUUUAAUGGGGAUUUUAACAAAGUCGAACUAUUUCAUGUUUUGUUUGUCUGUAAUAUAUUUAAUUUUUGGUACGAGGAACUUGAAGGUGCUAUGAUAUGUGUAUAAUCUGCUAUACAUUCAAAAUGCUAAGGUCAUUAUCAUUUUCAAAUUGUAGACUCCAUCGAUUCAACUCACCUAAUUUAUCCUUUAAAGAGGCCAUAUAUUCAAGAUUUUCGGGCUCAACACAAGCCUAUUUUAACCACCGAUAAUGCUCAAACCACCCAAAAAUCCUCAAGAGAAAUUUAAUGUGCACAAAGGCAAAAUUUUCUGCAUUGCUGAAUGGAAAUUUUAAAAAGAACUGUCAUAAUUGAAUGAAUAAGCUGAUUUUUAUUCAUUCAUGGAAAACAAGUUGAAAAAAAUGAGUCUGUCUAGUGGUUUGUAUACAAAACAACCCAAGUUAAAUCUCAGCUGCAACUUUUGGAUGCUGAAGUAUGUAAUAAAGUAGGGUUAUAGUACUCCAUAGCUAUUCAUUUAACGCUGGUAGAACAACGACGCUAUUUCGUCUGCUCAGGGCCAAAAGCGAGUUAACUUUCCUAAUCUAAGACAGAGUUAAUGCCUUUCAGGAUCUCAUCCAACGAUUUACAGAGCUAACGUCCCUUCUGUGUAUAUGUCAUGUGGUUUGAAAUCUGAAUUGCUCUUUAAACUUACACCUAAUCUAACAAAAUAUGAAAGGAUGAUAUUUUGCAAUGUUGAUUGCUGGUUAGUUCUGCUGACAUUAAUAUUUUGUUUAAAGUGACUCAGUAACAUUGCCUCAGUUUCCGAAACAAAAUCCUGGAUCUAGCUCAUGCUGCAAUCAUAAUUAUAAACCUUUAGGUCAGUCAGGAAUCCUAUGACUUUUACAAGCCGAUCAAGAUUUGUGUAUUAAAUUUGAUCACAUUACGAAAAUGGCCUAUUUGAAUUGUGUGAUAUAUUCUAUACUACUACAUGUACCGUUUUACUCUUUUUAAAACUAGGCUGUCUAUUUUAGAGUUAUAUUGUAAUUGUCUUUUUAAAGUAACAUUUUUUAUUCUCCUAUAGGGUGUGCUGGUUAAUACUGCUUCCUGUUUUAAAACUGUUGAGUGUAAAAUUAACAAUUAGAUUGUUUUUUAAAUUUCCAUCUUAAAAAGAAAUAUAAUCAUGUGCAUCACAUAUUUCAUGACCUUUUUUAUUAUGGGAACCUAGCUUCAAGCAUAAUCUGGUUUUAUAUUAAGUUGACUGAAUAAAAGUUGUUAGCAAUUUUAUCCAACCAUGUUUCAAGAACUACAUAGAAAGCAAUGUAUAAUGCUAUAUGAUUUUAAAUUUUCAAUAUAAUGAUGCAAGAAUUCGAUCAAACUAGUUGCAGGCGUAUAUUAUCUGGCAUUACUGUAAAAAGCAAACAUUUAGAUGUACAUGUACUUGUUUUGGUCUAAUACAAUGAAUUUUAAUCUACUGCAAAUGUAUGAGAUGGAUUUACAUGUGCUCUCUUGCUCUUGUGAUUCAAGAACAUUUAGGAUCAAGUAAUCUCAUACACAUGUGCCUGUAGAAGAAGCUUCUUGACAAAGUUAGAAAUAUUUUAACUCUGAUCAUGCAGAUUAAAUUGGAUAAUGCCCAUUUAACCUACAUUAAAAUCAUACAUACAUAUUACUUAAAAUCGAUCAUAUGUAUGUACUUUUCCCAUUUUGAUGCUAACGUAGAACAUAAUAUUAAAGUGUUAAAAUCACUUUUUGAGGUUUCAUGAGGGAGGAAAAGGCCUUCAAUUCGACUGAUGCCUGUCUUGAUAAGAUAACGUUAAGAGAAACCAUUUGCAUUGCCCGUUUCCAUGACGAUGCCAUAUGCACUUUCCAGGAAACCUUCAAUAUUCCUCUGCUUCGUUAAUGCUAGGAUAUUUGCAUGAAGCCAUUCAGUUUCUGUCUGUCUCACCAUGGGCAAUAUGUACAUGCAGAUGUAAUGAGCCAUUUCAAAAUCAUUACCUACACUCCUACAGUAAACUUGAUCAACAAAGACAUGUAGUCUCUCAUCAAAACAAAACCAGAGAUAAUGAAGAUGUUUCUUCUUUGUGAUUAGCUGCCUAGCUCUUUGAGAUUACUAAAAUAAUUAUAGGAAGAAGAUGGAGGAAACAUUGUCUUUGACAAUUUUUCGGAAGCUAUCAUUUUUUUUUUUUAAAGACGGCUGCCAGCCAUAGGAAUAUAUUUUAGUCAGUAACAUUGAAGUGGUCUGUCUGUACAUGCCAUAAUUUGUCAUGUACACAAUAUUAUUAUGACAAAAGUAAAGACAGAGCAGAAUUUUGAAGACACAUUCCAAUAACGAGUGUUAGCAUAAAUACUUCCAAGACACUUGCAUGGCAAAAUAAACAAAUGAUAGAACAAGCCUGAAAUGUAACACUUUUUUGUUGUUGUCGUUUAGGAUUCUUGAGAUUACUUUUCUUUUGACUGGGAUAAACAUAAUUUUAAAUACAAUGUAUGUAUUUUUCAGUUGUUAUAGAAAUAAUAGUAAUAUUGUUUAAGACUUAAUUGUAUUAUUAAGAUAUGUGAGGAGGCUGAUAGAGAGGUUACUUUAUAUAUAUAUAUAUAUAAGUAUAUAUAUUUAUAUAUACUGAAGAGGAUCUUUCUCGUAACUAUGAGCUUUACAUCAUAUAAAUAUUAUGCCUUGUACAUAGCCUCAUUUUUAUAUAUGAACUAGCAAAAAAAUAAUAAAAAAUGUUGCCAAACUAUAUUGAAAUUAGAUUCUACAGGGCUUUAUGUGUUCCUUUUGUAUGAUGAAAAAAAAAAAUUAUUGAAGAAAUAUUUGUUUAUGUACAAUUACCUGAUGUAACUGUGGUGAUAUGUAUAUAUUAUAAAUAUGAAAAUGCUAUAUAUAACAUUUGAUUACUAUGAUAGUAGAUUUUAGAGUCACAUAAGGGUGAUGGGAGUGAUAACAACUUUUUUUUUUCUUUUUCAGUUGAGAUUGGCUUGUACUUUUAUGUUGUGAACUAAUGAGAAAUGCUUGAAAAUGUGAUCAUAUUUGACAAUAUUCCUAUGCAGUUUUUUCCUGUGAAUAAAAAAUACAUCAAUAUUCCUCAUAAUGCAA